AAAAAACAUAUACUUUUACAUUUAAUUAACAUCGUCUGUUUUAGACUUGUAGUCUAGUUGGUCAGGCUACCGGCUCUCACCCGAGAGACCCGGGUUCAAGACCCGGGGCAACGGAAAUAUUCUCCCGUUAGGGUUUCAACUUCGAAAGUUCUUCUUCACUCAACGGAAAAAAUUUCAAGUCCCGGCAACGGAAAUAUUUUUGAACUCUGCCUUUCUUACGCUCUAAUUAAGGGUUUCAAUUUUAAAAGUUCUUCUUCUUCACUCAACGGAAAAAAUUUGAAGUCCCGGCAACGGAAAUAUUUUUGAACUCUGCCUUUCUUACGCUCUAAUUAAGGGUUUCAAUUUCGGAAACCUCAUCUUCAUCACGCGCACAGUUGAAACUCGUCUUUCCUAUCCUGCAAUUAGGGUCGACUCUGCCUUUCUUACGCUCUAAUUAAGUGUUUCAAUUUCGGAAACCUCAUCUUCAUCACUCGCACGGUUGAAACUCGUCUUUCCAAUCCUCCAAUUAGGGUCAACUCUGCCUUUCUUACGCUCUAAUUAAGGGUUUCAAUUUCGGAAACCUCAUCUUCAUCACGCGCACAGUUGAAACUCGUCUUUCCUAUCCUGCAAUUAGGGUCGACUCUGCCUUUCUUACGCUCUAAUUAAGUGUUUCAAUUUCGGAAACCUCAUCUUCAUCACGGGCACGGUUGAAAUUCGCCUUUCCUAUCCUCCAAUUAGGAUUUCAAUUUCGAAAGAUCUGAGGCAAGGACUCUUUGCCUACAUUUCACUUCUGGAGCCAUGGCUUUGGGGGAUGAGAUGAUGGAAGGUUCUGUUUCUUCUCAGAAACUUGAUUUCAUGGAGGGCGAUCAGAGUUGUGAUUUGCUUUCCUCGGAAGAUUUUGCCUGGCUUGAUUCCUGCCUGAUCAAUGAUCCUGAAAUAUCAUACAGCACUGAUGAGAAUUCUUUCAAAGAUGCCUUACUGGAAAUUCAAAUUUCUCAACAUGAUUCACUUGACAAUUUCCUAUCUAGAAGAGAUUGUUUUCCCGGUGAAACUGACACUCAGAUUCUUCCUUCUAGUGAAGAGGCAACCACUUCACAGAGCCUGAGGGCAAGGAUUGAUGAUAUUUUUCUCACUAAUGAAGCAGCAGAAAUGGAAAUUGAAAAUGAUGGUCGUAUAAUCCUCAAGAAGACUGAUUUCUUAAGGUCGAGAUCCAACUUGGUAAAUUAUUUUCUGCCAAAUUACAAUGGCGACGUCAAAGGAACUGAAAACACUGAACCUGGGUUGGAUUUGGGUUUUACGGGCGUUUUGAUGGAGCAAUCAAUCGGCGAUAUUUUCAGGUUUUGGGAUUUGGACAUUCCAGCUGAGAAGGAUGGACUUACCCGGUCUUUAACUUCAGGGCCUCGUGGGAUUAGUCGAGGUGCGCGCAAGCUGGCCCGGACACCCACGAUUAUCAAAAAGAAAAGAAGAAGAAAAAAAGAUAGACUUACCAAGCAGCUGAACAAGGCCCUUGCAGAAAGUUCCUUACAACCAUUUGAUGGUCUCAUUUUUGGUAUUGCAGGCCUGUCGUUAAAUCAAAAUUGUUGUUAGAAUAAUUCUGUAAAAUGAUUAGAAUUUCGGAGUGUAUAUCAAACUACCUAGUGCUCUUUUAUUCAUGUUAUAUUAACACAUUUAUUGGCUCAUCUGGGUAUGAAAUUGAACGAGAGGCUUAAAAACUUCAGAGUUCUCUCUCUUAUUUA